AUGGUUGAGGAGAAAGAAAAAGCUCAAGAAGCACCACCGCCAUAUUGUCCACAACGUCCACCGCCACCAUAUAAAUCUAACGAAAUCAAAAUAAGUUCCCAGUGCCGGAUUGCACCUCCUGUAUCUACACCAUUCUCCAUUGAGAAUUCAGCUUCUACGGCGGUCGGGUCAACAACAGCUACUAUUCAUCCCAUGUCGUUGUCUCCACCAGUUAUUGUGGUUACUGGUACAGAUGGUGUUAAUCCAUCUUGUGGUGUUCAAAUAAGUGCUGCUGCGUCAAGUGCUAUCAAAAAAGCAGAUACAGCUGAGCCUUACGAAGAAUUUUGUCCCAAAUGUCAGUGUCGAGUGCGAACACGACAAAAAUUUGUUACGGGUCGACUAACAUGGCUUCUAGUGAUAAUUAUUUUAAUAGUCUUCUUUCCGCUAUCAUUCGUGCCAUUUCUCGUGGAUUCAUGUAAAGAUGUACAUCAUUAUUGUCCAAAAUGCAAUGUGUUAUUAUCAAUCAAAAAUCGAUUCUUUUUUUAA